AUGAGCCUGACAUUACCAAAAUACGGCGAUGCUCUUACACUCUUCACAUCGCAGCGUAAGGAAGGGGAUCCUCCACCCCGAAAGACCGCACGCUUAGACCCAACAGCUUCAGGCUCAGCACGCACGUCUACCUCGACUCAUGGUGGUCCGAUUAAGCUUACUUUGAAAGGUGGACCUGUCUCAAGCGAGCCACCAGUCUCUUAUACCCGGACCUUGCUCGGUCGGAUGGCAAAUUGCAUACGAGUGACCUUGCCAACAACUACAUCGGGCACCGAAUCAAUGUCAAUUAGUGAAGCAUACGUUUCGUGCCGAGUGCUCGUGCGGAACAUGGAUAUGGGAGAAGAUAUUUAUCGCAUUUUGACCCAGCAACUUGAACAAUAUCGGACAAAGCUACUUGGUGAGCUAAAGCCAAGUACUGCUCUUCCAAUGACCUGGUUGGACGUCUUGGCGACUGAGUGGAAACUGUUUGAUAAUCGAUUGAAAACAUUGCAAUGCAUGCUAUCGGAUAUCGACCAAUUCUAUGUGCCUCCUCAUUCGAAGCUUAUUACCGUCUAUGAAUUGGGCCUUCGGACAUUUGGAGAGUUACUGCAGGACCCAAUAAUCUCAGAUCGAGUUCAAGCUGGGAUUACAGAAUGGCUUACUCAGGAACGCCUUAACCCUGGACAAGAUGUGAAUAUGCGAAGGAAACACCGUGAGACAAUAGUUACGGUCAGGAAGUGUCUUGUCUCCCUCCGACUAUAUGGCGACCUUGUAGAAACUCCAUAUUUGCAAGCCACCACCGCCUAUUGGACAGACGAAGGAGCCGUCCGGAGGAACGCUGAUGAUUUUUCCGCAUCAAAAUAUAUUGCCGACGCAAUCGAAAUCAUCAAAGGCGAAGAGGAUCGUGCACGAGAAGUCUUGUUACCAGGUGGAUGGGAGCCAGUUGGCAGAGCGACCGAAAAGGCCCUGCUAGCGGACGUUGCCCCUACUUUGGCAUCUAAGGCACUCCAGACACUUUUGGUCACGAAAAAUAAGCCAGCUAUUUCUGCACUGUAUGGACUGUACCGUAGUGCCGAGGUCCUGCCAGAUCUUCGACAAGCAUUCAAGAAUAUUCUUCAAGAAAACGUCCGGAGUAUCGUUAUGGCUGGCGUCGACGAUUCAACCAACAAAAAAGGUAGAGCAGGAAAAGGCCGAAGCAGAGGGAAAGUGGAUGAAGAUGAGAAAAUGGUUCCUUUGCUUGUCGAGCUUCGAGCAUUCGCCAAAGCAGUCGUAAAAGAAUGUUUUGGCGAGACAACGCGGGAUAAGGAUGUGUUUCGAGAAAUCUAUACUCGUGCACUGGCCAAACGCCUUCUCACUAAAUCCACAACAGACGAUGACAUGGAAAAGACUCUCAUUGUGAAACUCAAAUCCGACUAUGAUCCUGAGUUCUCUGCCGGAGAUGUAAUGUUUAGAGACCUUCAACAAUCGGCUACUGAGAUGGAAGACUAUCGGCGUCGUAUCGAGAACUCAGCUAGUGACAUAGACUUGUGUCUUGAUGUCAUGGUGUUGACGCAUGCUAAAUGGCCAUCUUUCAAGGAAAACAACAUGCUGGAAUCAGAGGAGUCUGCCAAGUCCCACGGGAGAGCCAAUAAGCCUUCGACCGCCUCCCACGUUGAUCUCCCACCUCAUAUGGCUGAGGCCUUGCACCGUUUCGAGGUAUACUACAAAGAGAAACAUGAUCGCCACCGCAUGGCCUGGUUCCAUUCGUUGGGCACGGUCACAUUGACCUCCCGCUUUCCUGGUGGUAAUAAAGAAAUAUCCGUCAGCACGUAUCAGGCAUUGGUCCUGCUACUAUUCAACGAACAGGAUCAGUUUAGUGCCGCGGAAAUCCAGAGCAGAACCCGACUUAGUCAGGAGGACCUGACGGUCACCCUGCAAUCACUUGCAUUGGGGAAGAAGCACGUCCUCCUCCGGGCCGAUAGAAAGACGACGAAGGACAUUGCAUUGGAGGACCAAUUUAAAUGGAAUAGCGGGUUUACAGAUCCGAAGCGCAAUAUUCGCAUUCUAUCUAUCCAACAGCAGACUACGACGGAAGAAACACAAGAUGCGCAGGAUGAUGUGCUUGGUGGAAGGCCGCAUGCUAUCGACGCCGCUAUUGUUCGGAUCAUGAAAGCGAAAAAGACGUUGACAUAUGAACAGAUCAAGACUGAGACAAUUAUUGCACUUGAAAAGCAUUUCCAACCCACCGUUUCGGAUAUCAAGAAACGUAUUGAUGAGCUCCAAGAGAAAGAUUACAUCCUUGCUCUCGAAGUAGCCUCACAGCCUGAAGACGAAGAGUCACGGAGUGCUGUGCGUACCGCACUUCAGACCAACAACCAAGAGUUCUUGGACUAUCUGCGCUCAGCACUAGAUACUCGCUCCGCUGCCGCUGCAAAGGUUGCUGAAAUCAACAGUGAUGGAAUUGAAUGUCGGGCCUUCUUGCCCGGUUCCCCUGCGCUCUGGGGAUGGACAACAAACAUGGCGGCUGAGGUAUCCAUUCUCCAGUCUGGCAUGGAAGACGCCAUGGAGGCUUCGGUCUAUGAUUCACCUCCAGGCUCACUGAAUCCCGACGAGCAGGGUACCUUUGACGGCACGACCUCGCCUGAGAUGAGUGGCGCCACUCUGAGGGACAUUUAUGCCAAGGCAUGGGAGCUUCACAGAGAGCCCCUGGUAUGGACGCCACGAGGUCCUGGAGCUGGUGUUGGAGCUUCGAGCUGGACUCUGACCCCGGUUUCUCUGACAAUGCCAAGUGCACAUACCCGUAAUCGACGUGCUUCCGACGCUUCCGAUGCGCGUUCUUCGAUUGUGGGAAUGUCACCUUGCGUAUUCGCCCAACGUACUCGAGGACGGCGGGAUAGUGAUGUAUUUUCCACAGACAAGAAACAGGUCGUCCAAGCCAGCCCUUCCGCUGGGACGGCCAUGGUGACACCUUCGCCUUCUUCGAGUGGUGUGGCGUUGCCCCACUUGGACAUCGAGUCAGUUCCGGCAUUGAGACGCUCUGCGAGCUGUACUCGAAGCCACCUGUCGUCUACUACUGCUGUGACUGUGUCUGAGUGCUCAACUACUCAAGAACUCCACGGUCUUGGACUAUCACUCGGCGGAUCAAGCUACUCUCGGCCCAACACUCCUUCGGACGUAUGCUUUAUGGACAGCGACGCGGGAGCAAGAGUGGCAACUGGCACGAAAACGGCACACAGACUUUCAAAUGACCGGACUUCUAGCGCCACACUUUCUCGACAGGGUGAAGAACCCAAAACUCCCCUUGACAAUUCUAAGCAACUUAAACUGCGUCGGCCCGGUGUAAAUCCUCUACAAAGAGUACAGGCUUCACUUUCGAAGAGGAUCGGUCUGGGUGACUCCGCUCGUAGGCCCCGGACCCCUAGUAGCCCACAGAUAGAGAGAAUUAUCUCUGGCGCAUACAACAAUGGAUCCCCGAGCUCUCGUGGCAAGUCCACCCCACUACGCCGUGUUCAAAUGAUGGCGAAUAAAGUCCCACUCUUGGGCCCAGUGCCUGCGACUAAGCAAGCCUUGAACAAUUGCAUCAACAAGACAUCUGUUGUAGAACAUGAACAAAACAAACCGACACCACUCAAGCGUGGCCUGUACCAAACACCUAGACUGGCUCCGACUCCUAUUUCUCAACCAAGACCACGAACCCCAAGUACAUCUCGAAUUCCCCGUCCUGCUAGUCGGGCCUCGACGUAUCUCGAGGUCAACGAAUGCCAGUCCGUUCAGGCCUCUCCGUGCCACAAGUCUCAUCAACUACCGACCCCAACCUCGAUGGCCCGUCGGGGUGAACGAGCCCCUUGUUCGGGAUGUCAGCGAUCUACAUCAGGAGCUGUCAUUCGACGAGUUCGGUCACAGACGAAAGACUCCCCGAUGUUUACCCCAGAACGUCGAUUCUCUCUCGCUGUUGACACCGAGUCCAUACGAACCCGCAGGGUAAGGCGAUCGGACAGUAUAACGAGCCUGCAAAUAGCGAGUAGACGUGUUGAUACGCCCGUAUUUGCUUGA